AUGCCUGGUGUUCCACCCGACGCUCUUGAGCAGGUCAAGAAGGGCUUCAAGCGGUUCUUCUUCGGCCGCAAGAAGGCUGCUAAGAAGCAAGCCGAACAGAAGCCUGAACCUGCCCCUGCUGCGACUGCUGCGACUGCUGCCCCUGUCGCUGCCGCUGCGGCCAGUGAGACGCCUGCCGCGGAACCCACCGCCCCCGCCGUCGCCCCGGACUCUGCCCCCGAUCCUGCUAAGGCGCCCGAGACAAAGGAUGCGAGCACGGCAGACCCUGCCGCCUCCCCUGAGAUGACGGCUACCGCCGGCCCUGUCGACACUCAUUACGAGCCUGAGGCUCCUGCUGCUGCCCCUGCACCUGCUGCUGUGCAGCCUGAGGCCCCUGUUGCUAAGCCUGAGGAGCCUGCUACUAAGACCGAGGCCCCUGCUCCCAAGCCCGAGGAGCCUGCUGUCAAGCCUGAGGAGGCUGUUGCUAAGCCUGAGGCCGCUGCUACCGAUGAAGCUGCUGCUAAGCCCGAGGCCGCUGCUACCGAUGAAGCUGCUGCUAAGCCCGAGGCCACUACUGCUGCGCCUGCGGAACCUGCUGCCAAACCCGACGUGCCCGCUAAGUAG